GGGCGGUGCUGGUCGGGAUCCUGGCGGGAGAACUGGCUGUCGCUUGGCGGCAAAUGGCUGCUUAGAGGGGCGGGGAGACCGCGCCUCCUGGCGGGCCCAGAGUGGAAUUCCCGCGGGCGGGCGCUGCUUGAGAGGACGCAGCGCCACGCCUCGUCGUCAGCCUCCUCCUCGGCCCGGGCGCUGAGAGCGUCGCGCGCGUUAUUUCCGCCGUGGGGAGGCGCGCGGGCCUGAGGCGGGAAAGCGCGGGCUUCUGCGGCCAUUGCAGCUUCUCGGUUCUGAUUCUGACGCGCGUCACGGCGGAGCGGGGUCCGAGGUCCUGUUUCCUAGCGACCGCGUUGGCGUCCUCCUCCCGCGGGUGGUGGACGCUGGCCGCGCGGGGUGCACGGCCGCCCGGAGCCAGCCAGUGGACGGACCGAAGUCCAUCGCGCGGCCGUGUGAGGGGACUUGGCCUCUCUGAGUCCCUAGGGCUUUCAUUUCCUAAGAUUGUGAGCUCCUCGGGGAGCAGACUGCCUUUAUGUUUUCCAGGCACGCCCCUGUCCGUCCCCCGCACCACCCCAGCACGGGCCGUGUUUUGAUGGCUACUUGGUAACUAGUUCUUGGCUUGAGUCCUGUUUCCUUUGCAAACUUGCAAGUAAAAAGAAACAUCAAGGGGAGCUACUGAGUGACUCCCUUCCGGCGGAAUUUUAGAUGGCAGCCUGGGUUUCCACCGACCUUCACAUCUUCAGAAUGUGCGCUGUGCCCCCCACUGCUUGCUUACACGGCACGUGGGCGAUGUUAGUGCGCGGUCUUCCCUAGAGUGACUUCAGCCCUGGAAGAAAGGGUGUUUCUUGUAAGGAGCAGAGUCACUGAGAGAGGAGAGACACGAGGAGUGUGGCCUGUGGGUCCUCUGUGUAUAAGCAUCUUAGUUGACAGCAACUGAAACACGUGAUGGCGUUGCUCAUUCAUGCUUGCAACCUGGGAGUCUGUGUUUUUUUCUUUGCCCAAAGGUAAGGCAUCAUUUCAGAAGCUUGAUAAAAUUCCCGUGUCAAGAAACUGAGUGUAUAUCCUCCAUAUAUGGAAAUUACAUACAUUUGCGUGGAUUCUUUUUUGAGUGAAUUCUAAAGACAAAGAUGUCUUGCUCAUCAACCUGGCUUUACUGUCUUAUUUUUCUCCCCAGGUUCACUCACCUUUUCCCUCUGUCGUCAUUCUUCCCUCCCCAGCCUAAUAUGAUAAAAGAUAUUCAGAAUUUACAAAAAGGAGUACACCAUGUUUUAAUUUCCCUUUCAAUAACAGAGUUUUUUUUAACCUUAUCCAUACAAAUGGCAAUUUUGAAGUAAAAGAAACUCUGGCCAUCUGGAAGUUGGCCAAAUAAAAGAAUUUAUUUUAUUUAAAUGAAAUUGCCUCCUCAAGCAUUCGAAUUGUGCAGUUUUCCAAAAUAAAUACUUUUCUCAUAAACUGCCUUUCUCUGAAAUUUUUACUUUUGGGCUCACUGGGGAUUCCCUUAAAUUUUGUGAGCAGUGUCAUCAAUCAGAUGAAAGAGGGAAGUCUGCAAAUUUUCAUCUCUUGCACAUUCUUUCUUGACCAAUGGAUAAAUAAUUUCCAGAAGUUUCUUACAUAACCCAUGCACACUAAAAUUUAGUUACAUAAUUUUAAAAACCCAUGUUUGUAAACUAAGGCCAUUUUGAUGGUUAUUUUGUGAAACUAAAAUUUAGCAUAAUGACAGAUUACCAUUUUAAAAACUUAAUUUUCACUACUGUACAAAUGUGAUAUUGGCAGCCGUCAUUGUGUAGCACUGGGAAUCAGGACACCUGGUUUCUAAUCCCUGCUCCGUCUCUAACAAGCUCUUAGAAGCUUAAGAGGAAAUGGUACAUGUUAGAAGACGUGAAACAAGGAAAAAUUCUAAAACUCAAGUGCUUGAGCAAAAAUCUCGAGUUGAUUGGCGGCGGACUAAAAGAAAUAGUAUCUCACAAUUAUUUGAUAGUGAUGAAGAGCUUGAUAGUGAUGAGCUAGAAAGUGAUGAAAAUCUUGAUAGUGAUGAAAAUGCUGAUAAUGAUGAAGAGCUUGAUAGUAAUGAGAGGCUUGAUAAUAAAACUCCAGGAAAUGAAGCAGAACUUAAGUUAAUCAGAGUUGAAAGUGAAGGAAGUAGCAGCAAGCCUUUAGUCAAUACUGGCAACAGUCCAGCCUGUGAAGAAGAAAUAAGCGGAGCCAAAUGCACAGACUUUCCAGACCAGGAGAGGUAUCCAAGUCAAGAGGAGGAGGAUGUCACCAUAUGCACUGGACCAGUCAUGGAGGAGGAUGUAGAAGAAGAACACAUCAAGCGAGGGAAAAGAAAAAGGGUAGCCUCAGUGAUGUAUGACAGUGACGAGAGUGACGACAGUGACGUCCUGGUUAGAAAAAUAGGUAUUAAACGUCCACGCAGAGUGGUUGAAGAUGAGUGUUCUUCAGCAGAAGCGGAGCAAGAAAACCCUGAGAAAUCCUUAGCCACUCGGAAGCGAGAACAGCUCCAGAAGCUCAAGGAGCUCUCGAAACAGAGAUCUCGCCAGAGACGCAGUAGUGGUAGAGAUACUGAGGACUCUGAAAAGGAAUCCUGCCCAGGCUGUGAUGAAGAGGAAGAGGACGAGGAUUAUGAAUAUGAUGAAGAUGGAGAUGAUUAUAUUAUUGAUGACUUUGUAGUGAAAGAUGAGGAGGGCGAUGAAGAAAAUAAAAAUCAACAAGGAAAAAAGCUGACUACAUCACAACUGAAAUUAGUAAAACAGAAUUCCCUUUACUCUUUCAGUGACCACUAUACUCACUUUGAAAGAGUUGUGAAGGCUCUUCUAAUCAAUGCCCUAGACGAAUCUUUUCUGGGAACAUUGUAUGAUGGCACCAGGCAAAAAUCAUAUGCACAAGAUAUGCUGACAUCUCUUCAUUAUUUGGAUAAUCGCUUUGUUCAGCCUCGUCUGGAGAGUUUAGCUUCUAGAAGUCGCUGGAAAGAGCAGUAUAAGGAACGGGUUGAAAAUUAUUCCAGUGUAAGUAUCCACUGGAAGAAUCCUGAAAACUGCUGCUGCCAGGCUUGUGGACUACAUCGCCACUGCAGAUAUUCAGUGCACUUGUCAGGAAAGUUAUACAAUACCAGGACUAUGGAGACAGAUGAUUUUAUGUCACAUGACAAACAGGUGUUUACUGUUGGCAGAAUUUGUGCUAAUCGCACCAGAAUUUAUCAUAAACUGAAACAUUUUAAGUUCAAACUGUACCAAGAAUGUUGCUCCAUUGCAAAGACAGAAGAAGUUGAGGAUGAACAGGUUAAAGAAACUGUAGAAAGAAUUUUCAAUAGGUCAAAAGAAAAUGGCUGGAUUAAAGAGAAAUAUGGUCAACUUCAAGAAUAUCUCAAUUUUGCGGAUUACUUUCAAGAUGAGAAGUUUGACUGAAUUGUAACACAUUUCCUUCUGAGAAGAUUUUAUAAAUCCUGUAAAUGUGAAGAUCAUGAGUCUUGUUUCUCUGUAUCAUGUGACAUAGCUAUAUGUUUUAUGUGUCUGUUCAUGGAAAGCAACCUUGUUGAAGACACGUUCAUCUAAAUUCCCAUGAGAUAGCACUCUACUGUCUAAUAAAACUUUUCAUCUGAUGUACAUAGAGCGUACGUUUUAUAAUUUUUAAGUCCAUAAUGUAUUUUAAAAUUGUGUAACAAUGCCUUCACAACAGAUGACUAUCAAAUGAACAAGCUGCUCAUGCCCUAUCAGAUUAGUAGAAAAUACUGUAUUUAAAAUAUAUUUAGACUAACAUCUCUCUGUAUUUAUUGCUGAAUUCCUGUCCAGGCCUGUUUAUUACUUUUUCCAGUAUUAAAUACUCUUCACUAAUUUAUUUGACUCUGUCAUUUAAAUCAGCAAGCCACAGAAGAAACCUCAGUGUGUUAUUUGGUUCAGUCUCCUAGCCUCAGCAUCAGACCACAGCUGAGCCAU